AUGGACAGCUCUCCCGCCUCGCCUUUGGCCCCCAGGGAUCCCAGCUCCCCUGAAUCUUCGAUCGGCGAACAAAUCGCCACUCUACAGGCCCAGCUUGCCGCUCUGCAGGCCUCGCAACCCGCCGCCGCCGCAGCCGCCGCACCCCCGGCCGUCACCGUCGUGCCGGGGAACGCCGCCACCGCAUCCAAGGUCGUGUUUCCCAAGCACGCUCGUCUGGACGGUCCCAAGUCGUUCACCAACUGGUUGCGUCAACUCCGUCUUGCACUCCCGAACCAGGUUCGUGGUUACGUUCUCGACGGUGUCGUUUGUUGAACUUCGCUCCAUCUCACUUCUAGGACAAUAUGCGCUCACUGAAGUAGAGGUGCCUCGCCUUUUGGUGCAGUGGUAUAUUGUUCCUUCAUAGGUUAUGAGCCCAGAGCAACCAGCAGGUCAUGAGUUCAAUCCCCCCUGGGGUCAGGCAAUUUUGCGCGCAUACACUCAGCGUCCCGGCCCCCGCACUUGCCCAGCAGCGUGCCAAGCACCCUGGCGCAUCGACAGUGCUCACAGUGCCCAAGCUGCACUUGCCCAAGCGACCUGAUCAACAUGCCCAGUUGCCUCACAGCCGCACCCACUGCCACAAGCUCUUCAGCUUCGCGCACAGGGGGGUGUUGAACUUCGCUCCAUCUCACUUCUAGGACAAUAUGCGCUCACUGAAGUAGAGGUGCCUCGCCUUUUGGUGCAGUGGUAUAUUGUUCUUUCAUAUCGUUCCCCCGACCUGGACCGCCGACCAGCUUGCCGCACGUGACGACGCCGCCCGGGAAAUCAUCGUUGGCUCUAUCGACUCCGCCGACGUAUCGGCCACCCUCGACGCCAUCCCCAGCGACGACCUGUCGGCACCGCGCAUCUUUGCCGCUCUCAAGGCUCGUUUUGCACCGGACGACGCUACACGCACUCUCGAGUUGUUCGCUCGCCUUUGGGACUUCAGGAAGAUGCCUGCCUCCGUCGAGGCCUACGACACUUGGCUACGCGAGUACAUGUCGAUUGCUCAGGAAAUACGCGACGCCAAAACAUCGCUCAACGACGUGCUCGCCACCCACGUGCUCGCCAUGGUCCCGUCUUGCCUCGACAGCUUCCGACUCACGUUCACGGACGAGCAGCGAAACCGACGCGACCUUCCCGAACUCACGACGCUUACGGACCGCAUUCGCAUCCAGCUUCGUUCGGCAGGACUCUCGACCUCGCAUUCGGCCAUGCUUGCCACCAGCUCCCCCUGCCCCGCCUGCCGCGCUCCCGGUCACCGCCUGCGCGACUGCACUUCACGUGCGAAGCACCCGCCCACCGGCCCCUGCCGCCGAUGCCACAAGAAAGGUCACUGGGCACUCGACUGCAAGAACCGGGGUGAACAGGCACGUAGCAGCGACGACACCCAGGACGACACGUCUUCCUCCGCGGCCUCGCAACCGAACGUCGGCUAUUUCGCCUCCUGUCUCUUCGCUCGUCGCCAACUCCCAACUGACGCCUUUGUAGUCGAUUCGGGUGCCACGACACACAUGGUCGCCGACCGAUCUCUAUUCACGACUUAUCGUCAGACGGCACACACCAAGAUCGGCGGCAUCGCGGGCGGCAUCACGGCUAUCGGCAUGGGGGACGUGGCAUUCGUCGCCAAGACUGGACACCCGAUCACGCUCCGUGGUGUUCUUCACACGCCUGGCCUACACGUCAACCUCCUCUCUGUCUCUCGCCUCUGCGACACCGACCGCGUUCGUCUCGCCUUCACCAGCGACGGCAUCGACAUCGCCAAGGACGGCCGGGCCAUUGCUCACGGUACCAGGGUCAACGACGGUCUUUACCUUUUGGACGCGGAUCACACCAAGUGUCAGCAUCUUGCCUUCCUCUCACGCUCUGAGUCUCCCGUGCCCCUGCUUACCCUACACCGCUGCCUCGGCCAUCUUGCCCCAUCCUCUAUACAGAAGAUGAUUGCUGCAGGUUUGCUGGACGGGUUUGGGGCCGGGUACAGUGACAAAGACGUAGAGGAGUUUGUUUGCAAUGCUUGCCUUGGUUCCAAAGGUCACCGCCUUCCCUUUCCCGACUCUGAGUCGCAUUCCGCCGAGAGACUUGGCCUCGUGCACAGCGACGUCCUGUCGUUCCCCACUCCGUCCUUGACCGGGAAGCGCUACCUUGUCACGUUUCUAGACGACCACUCUCGCAAACUCUGGGCAUAUGCGAUCGAUCACAAAAGCGAUGUUUUCCCGACCUUCCAGACUUGGCUCGCCGAAGUGGAGUUAGAGACGAACGCGCGGUUGAGGAUCCUUCGAACCGACAAUGGCGGGGAGUACCGAUCAAACGCAUUCACGGAGUUCUGCAAAUCCAAGGGCAUUCGUCGUCAAUACUCUAUCCCUUACACGCCUCAACAAAACGGUCGCGCCGAACGUGUCAACCUCUCCAUCGUCGAGGGCGUCCUCGCUCUCCUUGCGGACGCCCGUCUGCCGGCCACCUUUUGGGAUGAAGCGGCUGCGUAUUUCGUUUAUUGCAAAAACAGGUGCUCACACUCAGCUUUGGCCAAACAGACUCCAGAAUCCGUUUGGAACGGCCAACGCACCACCGCCACCGCCCUCCACCCGUUCGGCUGCACAGCCUGGCUCACGGUCGCCCCGGACCUUCGCAGCAAGCUCGACCCCAAGGCCGCGCGCGUGAUCUUCACAGGUUACGACCUCGCCUCCAAAGCUUUCCGUUUCUUUGACCAUUCCAUCAACAAGAUUGUACUUGGUCGCAAUGCCACCUUCCUCGACGACGACUUCCCCGGCCUGCCAGUCACCACGCCCGUCGAUGCAGACGACACCGACCGUCAGUUCGUCGUUCCCGCCGACACGCCCGCCCCUGCCGUCAAGACGAGGACCCCACUAGUAAGGUCGGCGCACAUGGACGUCUCAUCCUCCCUUGAUGAUUCUGCCAUGAGCGCCGUUGACGUGGCCCCAGGGUACACUGGCGGAACCUUACUUAAUUCCACAGAUACCGAAUCGUCCUCGUCACCGUCUCCUGAGCCGUCCUCGUCACCGUCGCCCACAAACCCUUUGUCACCGUCGCCUGCGCUGUCACCGUCGUUGGCAGCGUCAUCGUCACCCUCGGUCUCACCGACCGACUCUGACUACUCCGCCGACCCUCUGGACCUCAUCGGCUCACAGACCCCGACUCGCCUUGGCCCACCGGACGUGCACCGCCCAGACUUCAGCACGUACCGUGAGCCCGCAUCGGCUGAGGAGUCGCCCGACGAACUCGACAUCAUUGGGCGUCACUCGCGCGAUGAAUCGCCGGAUGAAAUCGAUUUCCUCACCCAACACCACCGCGCCUUCAUCGCCACAGACGACGACGACCCCACCCUCGACGCCAUCGAGCCCGUCAAAUCGAUCACUAGCGACCCCCAGACCUGGCGCGAAGCAAUGUCCAGCGACGAGCACAACAUCUGGGCUGAGGCCGCCGCCGCCGAGUUCACCGCCAUGCGCGACGACUUCAAGGUGUUCACCAUCGAGCCUCGCUCAUCUGUACCGCCGGGCGCCACCAUCGUCACCUCCAAAUUCGUCUGGAAGACCAAGCGCAACGCAAGCGGUGAAGUCACGGGGCGGAAGGCACGUCUUGUAGCGCAGGGUAACCGACAGCGCGACGGCAUCGACUUCUCAGAAACCUUCGCACCCGUCGCCCGUUUCUCCUCCAUUCGCUGCCUCCUGGCUCUUGCCGCUGCCAAUGGCUACCACGUUCAUCAGGCCGACAUCGACAAGGCUUACCUCCACGGCGAGCUCGAUCAUGAUAUCUGGAUGACGACACCACGCGGUUUCGACUUCCCGAGCGAUAAGGUUCUCCGGCUGCGACGCUCAAUCUACGGUCUCAAGCAGGCCGGUCGCAUCUGGAAUCGUCACAUUGACACAUCACUCAGGAAUCUGGGGUACAAGGCAACAGGCACUGAUCACUGCAUUUACUCUCGCAUUGACGAUCAGCAGCGGCCUCACUAUAUCGCCUUGUAUGUCGACGACCUCCUCAUUGUCAGUCCAGCCCUCGACGAGAUCGAACGUGUCAUCUCCGGCCUUGAACAGCGGUACGGCGUCAAACGACUCGGCCCCGCGGAGUACAUCCUCGGAAUCCAAAUACGCCGCCUGGACGACGGUUCCAUUGCUCUAUCCCAGGAGCGCUACAUCAUGGACGUGCUGGCCCGUUUCCACUUCGACACCACGACACGCGGCACUACGGUGCCGAUGACGCCCGGCCUCUCGCUCACGGCAAUUCCGGGUCAGGGAACGGAGCGCAUUCGUUCGUGGUACCUACAGGCCAUCGGCUCCCUCCUCUACAUCUCCCUUGGCACUCGACCCGACAUUGCCUUCGCCGUCUCGUACCUGUCCCGGUUCGCCAACAACCCCGGCCGCCGCCAUUGGAUUGCCGUCAAACACGUCCUUCGCUACCUUCGCGCCACGUACCGCGAUGAGCUUCUCUAUGCCCGCGGCCCAGCAAAAGUCACGGGUGUGGUUGGUUAUUCUGAUGCGAACUGGGGCGCCUGCGUCGACACAUCCAUUUCAACGAUGGGCUACGUAUUUUACUUGGCAGGCGCCGCUGUCUCUUGGUCGUCGAAGCGUCAGACUCGGGUAGCGGAUUCCACCACUGAUGCCGAGUACCUGGCCUUGUCGCACGCGGGUAAGGAAGCGAUCUACCUUAACCAACUCCUCUCCGAGCUCCACGUUUGCCCAAUCGCUGCAGCUCACAUCUUCACCGACAACGAGGCCGCGGCCGCCGUCGCUCACGACCCCGUUUGCACCUCCGGCACCCGGCACAUUCGCCUCCGCGAGCAUUUUGUCCGUGACAUGGUCAAUCGAGGUGAUAUCUCUCUCUCACACGUUGGCACAGCAGACAUGGUUGCGGACGUAUUCACCAAAGCGCUAGGCCCCAAGAUUUUUGGUACACAUUGCUAUGCUCUAGGCCUCCGGACGCGACAUCCACGGCUCAAGUCUACCUCGCGUUCGCGUGGGGGGGGGUGUGAGGAAUCCACUCUCCGCUCGGCUCAGGACUUAGGCGCGCGGAGCGAACCGGGCGCGGACUUAGGCGCGCGGAGUGAGCCGGGCGCCCCGGCCCAGGACUUAGGCGCGCGAAGCGAGCCUGGGACUUAG